CUUAACACACACUUAUUGGUGUAAUGACUACAUCGGUGGCCAGAGAGAAAGAGAGAGAGAGAGAGGUGGAAAGAGAGAGGUGGAAAAAAACCUGGAAAGUUUUCGAAUUUUGUAAUACAAACGUACUGAUUCAUUCAAACUGCAUUUCAAGUGUAUCGGUAGUGCGGUAUCAUAGAACUGAAGAGAUGGAUACCAUUAACGCGUGGGCGGAAAAACUGGAGGGAAUUCCGGGCUAUGACAUGGCGGUGGACUGGAUCAACGACAAAGCUGGUGAGAACUACCAGACCAAGGACCCGUACUAUGUUGAAAUACACGGGAAAAAGAAGAGAAGAAAGGCCCCAGAGACUUGUACUCCUGAAGAACAGAAGGCUUGGAAACAAGUGAAGAAACGUGCAUGGUUGGACGAUCGAAACUUCUUCGGAUGUUAUCCAGUGGACCUUGGGUUGGGACUAGCUCCUCUAAUGGCCCUGGUGCCCGUGAUUGGGCCUUUGCUCAUGUUUGCCAUACACGGUAGGCUGAUCAACAUUGCGGAUCAAAAGUUCAACAAGCUGCCUGUGGAGUUGAUUGCGAAGAUGCACGCCAAUAUACUCUUCGAUUUGCUCAUAUCACUGCCUCCGAUAUUGGGGAGCCUGUUCGCCUGGAUGAACGCAUGCUCCACUAGAAACGCUGCGUUGAUACAUACAUGGCUCGUCAAGAAGGAGAUGAAGAAGCAAGAAGAGUCAAGGAGACAAGAAGAAGAGGACAAGAGAAUAUAUGAGCAGAGAUUAACUAACAACAGGACAAGAACAAACAAUAGCAUACCGGUGUCGCAACAUGACCCGUUCAAAACACCACAGCGUCAGUACGCAGAUAACAACUCGAUGGACAGACACUCCAACAACACAGCGUCAUCAAGAAAGCAGAGUCAACAUGACGUUCUGCAACGGCCACAACCAGCUUAUGAACCAGAUGUGGUAAGGGGGAGACAGAUGUAGCUGUAAUAGUAUGUAGUGAAAACAGCGUCUAAUGUACGAUGAUAACAUUCAAGAUUCACAUA